GACUCAUAGGCCACGCUGAAUCUCCCGCGAACGCAGCCAUUUACUUCUUCCCUCUCGUCGCAGCAACACCGGUGAAUCAUGACCGAACAAACGUGGGUGGCACAGUUCAAGCUGGUGUUAGUUGGAGAUGGAGGCACCGGGAAGACGACUUUUGUGAAGAGGCACAUCACAGGAGAGUUUGAGAAGAAAUAUGUUGCUACUCUUGGUGUAGAGGUGCACCCGCUGAUUUUCCAUACCAACAGAGGAGCGGUCAAGUACAAUGUUUGGGACACAGCCGGACAGGAGAAGUUCGGAGGGCUGAGAGAUGGCUACUACAUUCAAGCUCAGUGUGCUAUCAUCAUGUUUGACGUCACCUCAAGAGUCACCUAUAAGAACGUACCAAACUGGCAUCGUGACCUGGUCCGUGUCUGUGAGAACAUUCCCAUUGUCCUUUGCGGAAACAAAGUUGACAUCAAAGACAGAAAAGUCAAAGCCAAGAGCAUUGUGUUUCACCGCAAAAAGAACCUGCAGUACUAUGACAUUUCUGCAAAGAGUAACUACAACUUUGAGAAGCCUUUCCUGUGGCUAGCAAGGAAGUUGGUUGGCGAUCCUAAUCUGGAGUUUGUGGCUAUGCCCGCACUUGCUCCCCCAGAGGUCCAAAUGGACCCCGUUCUUGCAGCAAGAUAUGAGGAAGAACUUCAAGUUGCAUCACAAACCGCACUCCCUGAUGAAGAAGAUGACCUUUAACCUGUUACUUGCAUUGUCCCUCUAUCCCUCUACACCGUGGACAGGAAGCUGUUGGAAUUUUCCCCCUUACUGUAAAAUCCCUUUUCAGAUUUUUUAUUUGACAUUUUUUUCUGUUUUAAAGCUAAGAAAAACUUGGUGAAAUGGUUGUUGUUCUAAUUUCACUGUUAAAGACGCACCCACCCUAGUGUUGUCGUUGGCACGGCAAUGUGCUACUCUUCAUCGUCAAGCAACCACCACUGCACUUACCCAGCUCACAUAAUGCUGUUGUAUGGUGUAAUGGAGGCACUAAGUGAAGAAAACUUUGAAUAAAAACAUUCUCAAUUUAA